GCUAAAUUUAUUUCUGUAGACCUACAUUGCAGUCUUCACAUUCUUCCUGUCAGAAUUUUCUUUCACAAAUAUGGGUUGUAGCUGGUCUACACACAGAUUCAGCUGAUUUACAAUGUGGUCACAUAUUUUGUAUUUAAGGCCAUAACUGAGGUCACAAUAUUUCUUGCAAGUAAAGGAUGAUGACUUUUCAAUGUUGAUAGAAAGAAUUCAGUUAAGAGCAGCCUUUGUGUCAGAAAAAUCCUUAGUGCUAAAGAAUCUGAACACUGGUGACUUCAGUUGUAUUUGGUCUUCAGGACUGCCCUGCAUGUGGGAGGCUCUUCAGUUUGAUGUGAGGGAGUACAAAUGCUCCAAAAUGCUCUUACUUUCCAGGCAGCAAUGACCAGAUUUAACUUCUCAUUGACAAUAUGACUCCUCUGCAGUGAAGUCCGCAGAUCCUAAUGUCCUGAGAUUAUCUGGUCUGUGACACCUUAACAGUAUUGGUCCUAAUGGUUGUGUUCCACUGCUGGCUAGUCUGUUGCAUCACGGUGGUGCUGCUCUGCACACCUGACAGGCUUGUGGUGACUGGUCUGUGAUUUCACAGUAUUGAGUUAGUUUGGUCUGUUGGCUGCUCCACUGUUGUCUAGUCUUAAUUGAAUGUCUAGUAUGACUUUGCUCUACUUGUAGUUACUGUUUUGUUGGUGUGAUCACAAUGUUUAUAUUGAUAUUUGAAUGUAAAUAUCAAAGGCUUUUAAUACUUUUAUCUUUCAGAAUAAGAGGUUAUUAUUAAAAGUUAACGGCAUUUGUUACACUUUGCCUUCUACUUUUUAUUUGCUGCUUUUACUGUUUUAUACCGUAGGCGGGGACCGCCAAGGCUUUUCUUUAUUCUAAUCAUCUUAUUUGCUUUGUUGUAAUGUAAACUACACCUUUGGUUCCAUCAGAUUGCAGAAUCUGAUAGUAUGCCUGACAGCUUCAAUCAGGCCCAUUUUUAUAAGUUAUCCUUACCCAUUUCCAAUUAAAAGUUGAAGGCUGAGCCUUUUAAUGAAUAGCCUGGGGAAGAAAAUGUAUAUCAAUUCAAAAUAGACAAAUCUCUCAUCAUUGAAUGAAAGCUUUUGUUCAAGCAGCCUGUCCAGCUUUAUUCAACAUUAUAAAUGAUCAGGCCUACUUUCAAAAACAAGCCACACCUCCAGUGCAUCUCACCACUCCAGUCCUCUCUGACAUUUAGAUUCACAACAAACCUAUUAUAAAAUUGUGCUAAAAGCAAUAUCAUCUUACAAAACUGAUGCAGCUCUAAUUCUUAAGUGUGUUAAUGGAAUCUGUUUCACAGCUGAAGUGCUGAUGGUAAAGACUGUACCUUCAUUAAUUAGCAGCAAAUAGCCUCCACGCUUUAUAUAAAGGUUAACAAAAUGAUUGGUUUGCUAUUGUUGUACCCUAUCCUUGGUAAAUCACCUAUUGUCCCUUUGAAUAAUUGAGACCAGUGGAUUUUGCCUGUUUUAAUUUUUCCUUGGUCAGCAACUAGCUACUAGUUUUGUCCCCGAGAUCAAUUGCCUUGGUAACACAACCAGAGAGAAGGGGGGGGGGAGAGAGAGAGAGAGAGAGAGAGAGACAGAGAGAGAGAGAGAGAGAGAGAGAAAGAGAGAGUGAGAGAGAGAGAGAGAGAUUUGUGCCCACAAUGGCGACUGUAGGUAUGCUAAAUACCUCUGGUUCCUUAUCCGGGAACUACCUCUUACUCUGCUAUUGGGCCAUUGGGUCACGUGGUAAAAGUAACUUUACAGGGCUGCUCGCAAGUAGGAGGGCUUUAUGGAGCAGAAAAACGACAAAGCUAGAAAAAUUAUUUUCCACUCCAGAAAUUAAUGAUCAUGAGCUCGUAUUUGAUGGAGUCUAACUACAUUGAUCCGAAAUUUCCUCCAUGCGAGGAAUAUUCGCAGAAUAACUACAUCCCUGAGCAUAGUCCCGAAUAUUACAGCCGCGCAAGGGAGACUGGCUUCCAGCAUCACCAUCAGGAGUUAUAUCCUCCGCGGGCAAGCUACCAAGAGCGCCAGUAUAACUGUGCAAGCAUCCCUGAACCUGUCACGCCAAGGGGACAUGGAGUACCCCAUUCUGCGCACCUGCUGACAGGUAAAGGGCAACCUGCUUCAUGUGAUACCCCACAGUUGUCCAUGUCCCCCGCCACCCCACCGGCCGCAACCUCCGCCUGCAACCAAGCUACCCCGGAACAUCCUAACAGCACAGCCUCCUCCAAGCAGCCUGUGGUGUACCCAUGGAUGAAGAAAAUUCACGUCAGCACUGUGAACUCGGGUUACAAUGGGACGGAGCCCAAGCGGUCUAGGACAGCAUACACCCGGCAGCAAGUCUUAGAAUUGGAGAAGGAAUUCCACUAUAACCGAUAUUUAACUCGGAGAAGACGCAUCGAGAUCGCACACACCCUGGUUCUCUCCGAGCGACAGAUUAAAAUCUGGUUUCAAAACCGCAGGAUGAAAUGGAAAAAGGAUCACAGGCUCCCGAACACCAAAGUGAGAUCCUCUUCCUCCUCCGGGUCCAACACAAGCUCAGCAGCCGGCGCUGUUGCCGCUGCCUCGGCCAGUAACACUGGGGCCCCCGACGAACUCACCGGAACACAGCAUGGCGAGGAUAUUACCAGGUUAUAAAACCACGAUCGGGGCUGGAAAAAGAACUGGUUAUUUAUAGAACAAUUAUAUAUUUUGUUUUCGUAGCUAUCUUGUGCGGUUUCCUUUAAGUCCAAAGUUAUAUAAAAUGCAUGUUAUAUAGCAUGGAUUACUGCGAAUACCGAUGAGUUAUUUUUACGUGACACAGGGUUUAAUUUAUUUGAAGCUCAAUUUAAAUGAUGUUUUUUAUUAAUAUGAAGGAAAAAAAUGAGAAAAAAUAUACAUUUUAUCAAAAUGUUAUUGUGGGCCCUUCUUUUGCCCUGCUGCCCAAGGUGAAAUGCACAAUCUAUUUAUUUCAAACAACACUGGAAGGAAAUCAAUAUAAUAAUAGUUAUUUUUGGUAUAAAAAAAAGCUGGAACACACCAUUGAUCUUGAACUUGUUUGUUUUGGAUAAUGUGUGAAUUACCUCGUGUAUUUCUGAAACAGGAUUUUGAUUUACAAUUUAGUUUUGUGGUGUUGAUGUUGUGUUUAGACCGUUAAAAAGCAGAUUAUUGUGAAAUGCAAUAAACGGAGUGUAGUGUACUUGUGCUAAUCAUAUUGGUCAAUAAAACAGUGAGUGUCUACUAGUUUUAUA